CGCCAACCUCCGUCGCGAACGACUUUCCCGCCCGAUUGCUCUUUUUGCCCUCUUUCCUCCCCGUCAACCCAUCUCCACUCAGUCUUUGUUUGUCGUCCAAACCCAGAUAUCCAAAAUGGCCCCCUCUACCCCCAAGGUCGACGCCGUCGUCGAGAAGGCCAAGGCCGCUGCUGCUCCCGAGAUGAGCGCUGCCAGCCUCUACGGCAGAUUCGCUCUUGCUGGUGCCAUCUGCUGCUCCGUCACCCACGGUGCCCUCACCCCUGUCGAUGUCGUCAAGACUCGCAUUCAGCUCGACCCCGUCACCUACAACAAUGGCAUGAUCGGUGGCUUCAAGAAGGUCGUCCAGAACGAGGGUGCCGGUGCCCUCCUCACCGGUGUCGGCCCUACCUUUGCUGGUUACUUCCUCCAGGGUGCCUUCAAGUUCGGUGGUUACGAGUUCUUCAAGCAGCAGAGCAUCAACUUGCUCGGCCUUGAGACCGCCACCAACAACCGCACUGCCGUCUACCUCGCUUCCUCCGCCGCUGCCGAGUUCUUUGCCGACAUUGCCCUCUGCCCCCUCGAGGCUACCCGUAUCCGUCUCGUCUCCCAGCCCACCUAUGCCAGCGGCCUCAUCAGCGGCUUCGGCAAGAUGCUGAAGAACGAGGGUAUCGGCGCUUUCUACGCCGGCUUCGGACCCAUUCUCUUCAAGCAGAUCCCCUACACCAUGUCCAAGUUCGUCGUCUACGAGAAGGUCGCCGAGGCCGUCUACAGCGUCUACCCCAAGAAGGAUAUGUCCGACUCUGCCCAGACCGCCGUCAACCUUGGCUCCGGUCUCAUUGCCGGUUUCGCCGCUGCCAUCGUCUCCCAGCCUGCCGAUACCAUGCUCUCCAAGAUCAACAAGACCCCCGGUGCUCCCGGCGAGUCCACCACCUCUCGUCUCGUCAAGAUCGCCAAGGAGCUCGGCCUCAAGGGCUCUUACACCGGUAUCGGUGCCCGUCUCUUCAUGGUCGGCACCCUUACUGCCUUCCAGUUCGCCAUCUAUGGCGAUGUCAAGAAGUCCCUCGGAGCUACGUCGGGUGUAGAGCUCGCCAAGUAAACGCGAUUUCGAAGCGUUUGGGGACGUAUAAUGAUGGGGGAUGAGCUUGGGGAUAAUGGGUGGGAGGUCGGCAACACAGGGACCACCUUGUGGGUCGACUGGGUUGCCCGACCAACUUGCCAAUGAACAAAACAAGCGAGGGAUGUGUUUGGCAUUGCAAGCAUCUCCUUGCAGAAAGAUUUCCGGUCCUUUGUUGAGCAUUUAGACGUUUGGCCGCUGGGUUUGGAUGUGGCUACCGGAAAAGUUUGCAAUGUCACUUGGGUCGUUUUGCAGCCUUCUCAAUAUUCUUUAGGCAGGAUCUACGUUGCACGGGUUCUUUCAUUUGUCGUUGGCGAACUGCUUGACAUUAUAGAGGAACAUUAGAAAGAGGAUUGAAGGUUCAAGACACGUGCUUCCUAGUAGAUUGCUCGUUGUGUGUAGUAUACGAAGACGGAUCAAAGUUGAUGUAGUACAUGGUGGCCGUUUGCGAAGUCUGAUGUGUGGUCGAUCAUUAAGCGACCACAUCCACUUUAUAUAGUUACAGUAUCUAUCACCGACUAUGUAUACGAACAAAUGUUGUCAAGCUUCCAGAGCUGGUUUCAGGAUUGAUAUGG